UGUCACUUAAGUCACUUUAAUUUUUAAUAAUAGUUGGAUACAUGAAGUACUCCCGUUAAAAGACAGGAAAAAAAUAUUAUAUAUAAAUAUAAAUUUACAAAAAAUUAACUGCAUUUAUAUUUAUAAAUAGCGACAUCCUGCAGUUACUAUUUGCGUUGUGAACAUACUAAGAAGUCACCAUGGGUGGAUGGAAACUUGAAAUAGGCAAAAUGGCUAUGUAUGUUAGCUUCCCGGUGGUAAUGUUCUAUUAUUUCAAUCAGCCCAGCCUAUUUGAAGAGUGGGUAAUUAAGACAAGACGUGAAGUCUAUCCACCAGAAAACCCAGAGUUAAGAAAAGCUUUUGAAGAAUCUUUUAGGAUGUCCAGAGAGAAGCAUUCAGUAGCCUUUGAUGGAAAGACUGGGUAAUUGUUCUGGAAAAUUAUUAGUAUAUAUUUGCAAAUGAUUAGAUGUGUUUAUUAUUGUUUUUUUAGUAAUAGAAAUAUCAACACUGAUUUUAAUUUUGUCAAAAGAUUACAAUUUUACUGACAUUAAAGAAAAAUCUGUAAUAAUAUAACAAUAUUUCUUUAUUAAUAAAUUACCAGAAUUAUUUUA